CAAUAGGCUUGCCUACUCGUGCACAUCCACAGGUAGAAUGCAUGGCAAAUUUAGGAUUUUCAUUCUGAAUGCAAUGGCACUGUGAGAUAAUAGGCUAUUGGAAAUACCAAGGUCAACCACAUUUUAUUGUUAUCAAAUUUCACACAUUCGGACGUUUACGCACACGAUAAAACUGCAUGCAAACUGACUUGCGUGGAGUCUAAGAGAUCUGACUCUUGAUUUGGCUUGGGGAGAGUGAAAGGUGACUCUCGGCUAUUCCCUCGCUUGAAUGUGCUAUGCUUGCUCCUUCCCGGGUACUUUGAACUUCGCAGCAACACAAAUUUGACACUAAUCUCAUAUUCCAAGGACAUAUUCUUUAUUUAGAAUACAUGGGCAAAUAAUUGAACACAGUUUUAGAGAAAAUCUCUCACACAUUUCAAACUCUUCAAAGCGAUCGCCCAAUCCAUCCUUUUGGAAAGACAGGUAGGCCUACCCACGAUUUUUUACCAAACAUUGCUCUAUCUAUCUAGCACACCGAUUGCAGUUGCUCAUAGUAGCAAAACCCUGCGCACCAGCUCUCCGGAAGUAGAGUUACUCAGCGCAUUCUGCAGACAUUAAUUUUAGCCACAACAUUCCUGUAUUCUAGGCAACAUUUACCACCUAUUUAAAAGCAUCUGAUCAGACUAAUUUUAUACCAUGUUUCAUUUGGUCUGUGCAUUAUCACCCUAUUCUCAUAUAUUCGGCCACCUGUUGGGGGGAAAUGGCAUUCUAAAUGGAUCUCAACUACGGGCGGGGCUUAGACGUAGCCAGCCUAUGAUUACAGCACACGAAACACCAUCUGUUGGGUUGUGCUUCCGUGAAAUCCGAGCCAGUAAAUCUAUAUGCUGGUCUAACAAACGGAAAUUAAGAAUGGUUACAAAGAGGAUCCGAACGGAGUAUAUGAAGAGAUUCAAGGACCCGGAAUGGGAAACCUACGCCAAGUGUUAUGAGGAGAUGAUAAAGUACAGACUGACGAGAAGGCUUUUGGAACAAACUCAUAAUCCGUGGUUUUGGAACAGUGACAGUGACUCGGAAUCCAGCAGGUCCACUCCUCAAAAGAAUAAAGUUGGGCCAUUGGUCCUAAAAGAAGAAUCACAACAAGAAAGUGAGAGAAAGAUUCCACCUAAAGAACCAUUGGAACAGAAGAUCCCCAUUUCAGAAGAACUGCAAGAAGAAGUUGCUUCUCCGGAGACCUCGCCACCCAUUGAUGUACAGGGUGCUGUGGACAGAGGCUGUGGAGAGAUAGAGGAAGAGAAGCUGGGACAAGGAUUAAUUGCCUCUGAGUCAGGGAAGAAGCCAGAGGCCCAAACUAAAACCAAACAGUCCAGAAAGCCCCUCAGGGCAUGGAGCCAGCUACAGAAGCCCAAAGAGACUGACAAGAAAAACAGGCACCCAUUUGCCCUGUAUGGAGGGGGUGAUAAGCCAGCUGAGAUGGCUAGGAAGAAAACUCACAAUGUGGGUCCAGCUGCAUCAACCAAGGAGAUCCACCAGUCUGCAUUACGGGCCAAAACCAGACGGGAGGUUGAGAAGCAGGUGCAGAAAGUGGACAAGUGGAGAGUGCGGUCUGCAGAGCUGGAGAAAGUGACCAUGACCAAACCUGACUUUGACCCCUGGAUGACAGAGUACAUGCGCUGCUUUUCUGCCAGGUCCUGAUAGAUAUACAGUGAGGGGGGGAAGUAUUUAAUCCCCUGCUUAUUUUGAAAAACGCAUGUCAAAAAUAUUACAACUUGAUUUGCAUUUUAAUGAGGGAAAUAAGUAUUUGACCCCUCUGCAAAACAUGACUUAGUACUUGUUGGCAAAACCCUUGUUGGCAAUCACAGAGGUCAGACGUUUCUUGUAGUUGGCCACCAGGUUUACACACAUCUCAGGAGGGAUUUUGUCCCACUCCUCUUUGCAGAUCUUCUCCAAGUCAUUAAGGUUUCGAGGCUGAUGUUUGGCAACUCGACCCUUCAGCUCCCUCCACAGAUUUUCUAUGGGAUUAAGGUCUGGAGACUGGCUAGGCCACUCCAGGACCUUAAUGUGCUUCUUCUUGAGCCACUCCUUUGUUGCCUUGGCCGUGUGUUUUGGGUCAUUGUCAUGCUGGAAUACCCAUCCACGACCCAUUUUCAAUGCCCUGGCUGAGGGAAGGAGGUUCUCACCCAAGAUUUGACGGUACAUGUCCAUCGUCCCUUUGAUACGGUGAAGUUGUCCUGUCCCCUUAGCAGAAAAACAACCCCAAAGCAUAAUGUUUCCACCUCCAUGUUUGACGAUGGGGAUGGUGUUCUUGGGGUCAAAGGCAGCAUUCCUCCUCCUCCAAACACGGCGAGUUGAUAUCAAAGAGCUCCAUUUUGGUCUCAUCUGACCACAACACUUUCACCCAGUUGUCCUCUGAAUCAUUCAGAUGUUCAUUGGCAAACUUCAGACGGGCAUGUAUAUGUGCUUUCUUGAGCAGGGGGACCUUGCGGGCGCUGCAGGAUUUCAGUCCUUCACGGCGUAGUGUGUUACCAAUUGUUUUCUUGGGGACUAUGGUCCCAGCUGCCUUGAGAUCAUUGACAAGAUCCUCCCGUGUAGUUCUGGGCUGAUUCCUCACUAUUCUUAUGAUCAUUGCAACGACAAGGUGAGCUCUUGCAUGGAGCCCCAGGCCGAGGGAGAUUGACAGUUCUUUUGUGUUUCUUCCAUUUGCGAAUAAUCGCACCAACUGUUGUCACCUUCUCACCAAGCUGCUUGGCGAUGGUCUUGUAGCGCAUUCCAGCCUUCUGUAGGUCUACAAUCUUGUCCCUGACAUCCUUGGAGAGCUCUUUGGUCUUGGCCAUGGUGGAGAGUUUGGAAUCUGAUUGAUUGAUUGCUUCUGUGGACAGGUGUCUUUUUUAUACAGGUAACAAACUGAGAUUAGGAGCACUCCCUUUAAGAGCGUGCUCCUAAUCUCAGCUCGUUACCUGUAUAAAAGACACCUGGGAGCCAGAAAUCUUUCUGAUUGAGAGGGGGUCAAAUACUUAUUUCCCUCAUUAAAAUGCAAAUCAAUUUAUAACAUUUUUGACAUGUGUUUUUCUGGAUUUUGUUGUUGUUAUUCUGUCUCUCACUGUUCAAAUAAACCUACCAUUAAAAUUAUAGACAGAUAAUUUCUAUGUCAGUGGGCAAACGUACAAAAUCAGCAGGGGAUCAAAUACUUUUUUCCCUCACUGUAGAGUGCAAUACUUGUGAUAAACAUAGGAUGGGGAAUAUGGUAUUCGUUAUCAAAUAGAAAACAUAAAGAAUGAUUUUGUUUCCAAAGUUUGAAUUUACCAUGCUUUUCUCACAGCUUUUAAAACGUUUUAAUGUUCAUACAGUACAGUCGUGGCCAAAAGUUUUGAGAAUGACACAAAUAUUAAUUUUCACAAAGUCUGCUGCCUCAGUUUGUAUGAUGGUAAUUUGCAUAUACUCCAGAAUGUUAUGAAGAGUGAUCAGAUGAAUUAUAAUUAAUUGCAAAGUCCCUCUUUGCCAUGCAAAUGAACUGAAUCCCCCAAAAACAUUUCCACUGCAUUUCAGCCCUGCCACAAAAGGACCAGCUGACAUCAUGUCAGUGAUUCUCUCGUUAACACAGGUGUGAGUGUUGACGAGGACAAGGCUGGGGAUCACUCUGUCAUGCUGGUUGAGUUCGAAUAACUGACUGGAAGCUUCAAAAGGAGGGUGGUGCUUGGAAUCAUUGUUCUUCCUCUGUCUACAAUGGUUACCUGCAAGGAAACACAUGCCGUCAUCAUUGCUUUGCGCAAAAAGAGCUUCACAGAAAGGAUAUUGCUGCCAGUAAGAUUGCACCUAAAUCAACCAUUUAUCGGAUCAUCAAGAAGUUCAAGGAGAGCGGUUCAAUUGUUGUGAAAAAGGCUUCAGGGCGCCCAAGAAUGUCCAGCAAGUGCCAGGACCGACUCCUAAAGUUGAUUCAGCUGCGGGAUCGGGGCACCACCAGUACAGAGCUUGCUCAGGAAUGGCAGCAGGCAGGUGUGAGUGCAUCUGCACGCACAGUGAGGCAAAGACCUUUGGAGGAUGGCCUGGUGGAGAACUUUUGGAGAAGGGCAGCAAAGAAGCCACUUCUCUCCAGGAAAAACAUCAGGGACAGACUGAUAUUCUGCAAAAAGGACAGGGUUUGGACUGCUGAGGACUGGGGUAAAGUCAUUUUCUCUGAUGAAUCCCCUUUCCGAUUGUUUGGGGUAUCCGGAAAAAAGCUUGUCCGGAGAAGACAAGGUGAGCGCUACCAUCAGUCCUGUGUCAUGCCAACAGUAAAGCAUCCUGAGACCAUUCAUGUGUGGGGUUGCUUCUCAGCCAAGGGAGUGGGCUCACUCACAAUUUUGCCUAAGAACACAGCCAUGAAUAAAGAAUGGUACCAACACAUCCUCUGAGAGCAACUUCUCCCAAUCACCCAGGAACAGUUUGGUGAUGAACAAUGCCUUUUCCAGCAUGAUGGAGCACCUUGCCAUAAGGUAAAAGUGAUAACUAAGUGGCUCGGGGAACAAAACAUCGAUGUUUUGGGUCCAUGGCCAGGAAACUCCCCAGAACUUAAUCCCAUUGCGAACUUGUGGUUAAUCCUCAAGAGGCGGGUAGACAAACAAAAACCCACAAAUUCUGACAAAUUCCAAGCAUUGAUUAUGCAAGAAUGGGCUGCCAUCAGUCAGGAUGUGGCCCAGAAGUUAAUUGACAGCAUGCCAGGGCGGAUUGCAGAGGUCUUGAAAAAGAAGGGUCAACAAAUAUUAACUCUUUGCAUCAACUUCAUGUAAUUGUCAAUAAAAGCCUUUGAGACUUAUGAAAUGCUUGUAAUUAUACUUCAGUAUUCCAUGGUAACAUCUGACAAAAAUAUCUAAAGGCACUGAAGCAGCAAACUUUGUGAAAAUUAAUAUUUGUGUCAUUCUCAAAACUUAAAAGUUUGGACACACCUGCUCCUUCCAGGGUUUUUCUUUAUCUUUACUAUUUUCUACAUUGUAGAAUAAUAGUGAAGACUUCAAAACUGAAAUAACACACAUGGAAUCAUGUAGUAACCAAAAAAGUGUAAAACAAAUCAAAAUAUCUUUUACAUUUAAGAUUCUUCAAAGUAGUCACCCGUUGCCUUGAUAGCUUUGCACACACUGGCAUUCUCUCAACCAGCUUCAUGAGGUAGUUACCUGGAAAGCAUUUAAAUGAACAGGUGUACCUUCUUAAAAGUUCAUUUGUGUGGUUCCCACCGUGAAGAAUGGAGGAGGAGGUGUGGGGGUGCUUUGUGGUGACACUGCCAGUGGUUUAUUUAGAAUUCAAGGCACACUUAACCAGCAUGGCUACCACAGCAUUCUGCAGCAAUACGCCAUCCCAUGUGGUUUGGGCUUUGUGGGACUAUCAUUUGUUUUUCAACAGGACAAUCACCCAACACACCUCCAGGGUGUGUAAGAGCUAUUUGACCAGGAAGGAGAGUGAUGGAGUGCUGCAUCAGAUGACCUGGCCUCCACAAUGACCUGACCUCAACCCAAUUGAGAUGGUUUGGGAUGAUUUGGACCGCAGAGUGAUGGAAAAGCAGCCAACAAGUGCUCAGCAUAUGUGGGAACUCCUUCAAGACUGUUGGAAAGCAUUCCAGGUGAAGCUGGUUGAGAGAAUGCCUAGAUGACAGCUUUGCACACUCUUGGCAAAUGGUGGCUACUUUGAAGAAUCUGAAAUAUAAAAUAUAUUUGGAUUUGUUUAAAUUUAAGGGUUACUACAUGAUUCUAUAUGUGUUAUUUCAUAGUUUUGAUGUCUUCACUAUUAUUCUACAAUGUAGAAAAUAGUAAAAAAAUAAAGAAAAACCCUUGAAUGAGUAGAUGUGCCCAAACUUUUGACUGGUACUGUAUAUUUCUUAGUCCCUACAAAGUAUUGCAUCCAAAUCAUGCAUUAACUUAAUUCAAGUUUCACAACGGUCAUGCACAAAAUCCUCUGAAUGCUGGAAUUAUUUAUCUUGCAGUAACAAUGUGCAGUAAAUAGUCCUCUGUUUGUGAAAUCCCAAUACCACCGUCCGAAGGUAUUUAUACAGAGAAUGACACUAGAUAGUCCUGGUCUCAGCUUAUUGCACCGCCAGGCCCCAGCCCCCAGCCAAGGGUUACUCUCAGGAGGCAUUAGGCUUAGGCGGUAUACUGGGGUUCUUUGAAAUACAGACAGUAUGAUUUUCAAAACCAUCUAGCAGAGGCCAUGUGCUACGCCACUGCUUAUAACUAACUAAAAGUUAAUUUAUUUGGCACGUUAGAUAGUUAUUUCCAGCUCAGGACUCCAGCUAUGCAUUUGGUUUGCUGACCUGCAAGAUCAAGCUUAUUGGUUACAACUGAAACAAUCAAUUCCCUCCUGUAUCAAGAUCCCUGCUGCCUAAAUGAGCUUUUUGCGUUAUUUUUUAAGUUUGGAAAGAAAUAGCGCUCCUUGUGUGCACUGCAGGUAAUACUGUAUGGUACAGGAACCGUGUGAAGGUGAAAAUCUGGACACAGCAUAGAUGUCAUUGAUAAAAUUCUCCCAAAAGUGACCUCAAUAGCACAUUGACCUCAGUGACAAUGUUCUGUACAUACUGUAGAUAAUGAAGGUCAAAAUGUACUUUAUGUGGAUGUUCUCAUGGUCAAAUCUAUUUUUUGGGGUGGUUCAGUAUUAUGUUAUGGUCUUCUGUUAUCAUAUAUUCAUUUGAUUUGUCAGUAUUAUGUUUUAACACCACAGGUUUUAUUUCCAUUUAAAAGACCAUAAGACAACGUUUAGAACUAAUUUGGAUUAAAUAAUGAGCAAUAAAUAGAUGCAAUACGUUGUAAAUAACUAAUAUUAUGUUUCAAAUAGUACAACAGGGCCAAUGCCUUCGAUUACAAUGAUCAUAACCACAGGAUGCAUGACAUGUAAUAAUCUACCAGUACCGGAUAACAUUUGAUUCACUGAUAUCUGUGUGAGUAAGCUGCAGGACACAAAAUGUCGAUGUUGUGAAGUAUAGAACAAUAACAAUUUACUGCAGCCAUUACAUUGAGGUCUUGAUUUACUUCAAGCUAUGGGACAUCUUCCUGUCAGUAUAAUGGCUUGUCGGUGCUAAAGUCAAUAUGUUUAUGUGAGGCUACAUUACUUGGAAUAAAGCCAGUAGGACUAGUGAGUCUAGAUCACAGACAACCUGUAAGGAGGGAGCUAAUGUCCAGCUCCAACAGAUGAAAAAUGUCUCCACUAUUGUCUUGUUUAAGUGUUAUUUUCUAUGUUCAAACUUAAAUGUUUACGCUUUUACACAAUUAAUGGUACUGAUACUGAGAUCAGAUUGCAUUUUGAUAUUGUGUGCUAUGCUUAAAAUAAUGAAUAAACUACUUUUUUUACUGAA